CACCGUUUCUUCGUCCGCUUAUAUGAGAGGUGCACCGUCCAAUCUCAUUUGAUGUACACCGCGACAUCAAGUUGCGCGUUCGUCACUCAGUCAGAGAAGAGCAAAGAAACAGUUUUAAUUCUUGCUGUCACGGUCGGCAAUCAUGUUCGCUGCAAAACGCGCUAUUGUCUCCACAACUCUACGCUGCAAGGAUGUCGCUGCGAGGCAGAAACAUACCCUACCGGAGCUACCUUAUGAUUAUAAGGCACUGGAGCCGAUAAUCUGUGCGGAAAUUAUGCAGCUCCAUCACUCAAAGCAUCAUGCUACUUAUGUCAACAAUCUCAAUGUUGCGGAGGAGAAAUUAAAGGAUGCCGUUGCAAAAGGGGAUGUCAGUACACAGGUCGCUCUUCAGGGUGCGAUCAAGUUCAAUGGAGGUGGUCAUCUCAAUCACUCCAUCUUCUGGAAAAAUUUGUCUCCCAGCUCGAGCAAGCCCAGUGAUGCUCUGAGCAAACAGAUCCAGAAAGAUUUCAAUGACUUCGAAACAUUCAAGAAGCGCCUUUCCGAAGCUACCAUAGCGAUCCAAGGUUCUGGUUGGGGCUGGUUGGGAUACAACCCAACAUACAAGAGACUCGAAAUCAAAACUUGUGGUAAUCAGGAUCCACUCCAAGCAACGACAGGGCUGGUACCUCUGUUUGGUAUCGAUGUUUGGGAACAUGCUUACUAUCUUCAGUACAAGAACGUACGACCGGACUAUGUAAAGGCUAUAUUUGACAUCGCUAACUGGGAAGACGUCAGCAACCGUUUCAAGGAAGCCUCAGGUUGCUAGACAAUCGUUUCCACAUUUGACUAAUAGUCACUAGUGCUAAUCAAUCAAGAUUGGACAGUAAGCUACGUAGACACUAUCAAUGUGCAAGAUUAUUAAUUCACAAACGUCUUUUUCUAUUACAAUGUCUGUGAUUUCGUAAAAGCGUCUUUUAGCAUCGUUGAAACUACUCUGACUGUACUACGAAAAAGGUGCAUAUAUGCUUUAUUAUUAUAUCUAA